AUGCUGAAAAACAGAGCACCGUCUGCCAUAACGCAGCCCGUGGAGACUCGCGUUUCCACGGCUGUGAUGAUGCAGAUGACCCCGUCACCUCGCUCGCCUGUGACAGAGGUGACGGGACGCCGAAAUGGCGUAUGUUUCGCGCUGCGACCACAAGGGGGCGCCAAAACGCCAUUUUCGGUGGAGUGGCCAAACUCCAGCAGUGUGUCAUUGCUCCACAAACAUCUGCAGCUGCUCUUGCCACAUGCCACAGAUAUCUACUCCCGCUCUGCAGCGCUGAUAAAGGAGAGCUCCUGGAAUGGCAGCAUACGGGAGAAGCUACAAGAUGUGAUCUACGUGUCAGCAGCAGGCAGCAUGCUGUGUCAGAUAAUCAACGCCUUACUGCUGCUUCCGGUGUCGGUGGCAAGGCCGCUGUUGAGCCAACUGCUGGAACUGCUGCCUCCUCUGGAUUGUUUGAACAGACUGUUGCCUGCUGCCUCUCCUCUGGAGGACCAGGAGCUGCAGUGGCCUCUUCAGGGUACCUCAGACUUUGCUGAGCCAGCCUCAGGAAUGACCCUGCCGCAGCCCGCACUUUCUUGGGUGUGGCUUGUGGACCUGGAGAGGACAGUCGCCCUGCUAGUUGGGCGCUGCCUUGGUGGGAUGCUGCAGGGAGCUCCCACCUCACUGGAGGAACAAGAUACUGUUUACUGGCUCAAAACGCCGCUAUUUAGCAAUGGCUUGGAGAUGGACAUCCCCCAGCUAGACACCUGCAUCAGCUCAUUAUUGGAGGCUGCACUCUCUGGUAAUGAGGAGCAGAAACCCUUCGACUGCACACUGCAUCCUGACUUGAGUGUCUUGGUGGAUUUGGCUCUGGGUUCCUCUAAAGAACCUGCCAACAGCCUUUGGAUCAACAUGCAUGAGUACGCUAUUGGCAAAGACUGGGACAAUGCAUCUCUCAGUAAUGAGACCCUAUUAGACACUGUGUCCAGGUUUGUGUUGGCAGCCUUACUGAAGCACACAGGGCUGCUGGGCCAAGCCUGUGGAGAGGGCAGGUAUCAACCAUCUAAGUCCCUGGCAGAAGUCUAUCGCGGUGUUUUUAAGGUACGAAACCGCUUACUAGCCUGUAAGAACAUGGACUUCAUCCAGACACGAUCUUCUUCUCGUGAGAGGAGGAUUUCCGACAAUCAGGACUCUCUGGACAUGGACCCCCAGGAGCACUCUUUCACACGCACCAUUGACGAGGAGGCAGAACUUGAAGAGAGGGUUGACCGUGAGAGAGAAGAAGGCCAUCAAGAGCAAGACGAUGAAGAGGAUGACAGGGAGCAUGAAGUAAUGACAGCUGGAACGCGGGAGGUGGCUCGCAGUCGGGAGAGAGAGCGGGCCAGCAGCAGCACAGGACUGGGCUCCAGCUCCAGGAAUGGAGGAGGAGGAGGUGGAGAGGAAGACACCAUUCUGGCUCAAGAGGGCAGAAGGGGCAGUACGGGUCUUCCAGAAGGCCAAGACCUUUACACGGCAGCCUGUAACUCUGUGAUCCACCGCUGUGCUCUGCUGAUACUGGGAGUCAGCCCAGUACUGGGCGAGCUGACCAAGCAGAACCAGGAAGAAGCUCAGACCCAGUUAGCUACAGGGACACAGGAGUGCCUCAGCUUCAUGACCAGAAGUGAGAGCCUGAGCGCAGAGAGCCGUUUAGUGCAGAGCAGCCCAAGUUACAGACUGAUGAAGUCCAGGAGCGAGUCUGACCUCUCCCAGCCAGAGUCAGAUGAAGAAGGUUACACUUUGAAUGGAAGAAGAAAUGUUGACCUAGACUUGGCAUUCUCCCACAAAAAGAGAGGCCUCCUUCACAGCUCACCAGACUCCCUGGCUGAGUCCUGGUUUCGGGCCAAGCUGAGCCGUCAGCAGAGUUACAGUUCAACGUAUGAAGAGUCAGACCUGGACUUGAGCCGAUCGCUGGGCAUCCACGCUCUCAUCGACAACAUGGUCAGCUUCAUCAGUGGUGACGUGGGCUUGGCUCCAGCUUUUAAGGAGCCAGAAGAAAGUAUGUCCACCAGCCCACAGGCCAUUAUCCUGGCUAUGGAACAGCAGCAGAGCAGAGCAGAGCUGCGUUUGGAAGCACUCCACCAGAUCGUGGUGUUGAUCUCAGGCAUGGAGGAGAAGGGCAGCCAACUGAACAAUGCAGAUCGAUCCAGCGCAGUCUUCCAGUCCUCUUCACUGCUCACCUCUGUCAGGUUGCAGUUCCUGGCUGGCUGCUUUGGCCUUGGCACUGUGGGAACUGGAGUGCUGAAGAGAGAGAACGUGCAGCUGCAUCAUUACCAGGAUGGUGUAAAAGCAGCAAAGAGGAGCCUCCAAAUGGAAAUCCAGACGGCUGUCCAUAAGAUUUACCAGCAACUGUCUGUCACACUGGAAAGAGCACUUCAGGCAAACAAGCACCACAUAGAAGCUCAGCAGCGCCUCCUGCUGGUGACUGUGUUUGCAUUGAGCGUUCGCUACCAGCCAGUGGAUGUGUCUCUGGCCAUCUCCAGUGGCCUGCUCAAUGUGCUGUCCCAGCUCUGCGGGACAGAGACCAUGCUGGGGCAGCCCCUCCAGCUCCUGCAAAAACCUGGCGUGUCUCAGCUCAGCACUGCCCUGAAGGUGGCCUCCACACGGCUGCUGCAAAUACUCGCCAUCAGCACGGGAACAUAUGCAGACAAAUUGAGUCCCAAGGUUGUCCAGUCACUGCUGGACCUGCUUUGCAGUCAGCUGAAAAACCUGUUAUCUCAGGCAGGAGUUAGUCUCCUUCAUGCUGGAAAAGAGCAGGAAGAUGGCAAACAUGAGGACAGCGCCGACUCUGAAAGGAAAGACUUCAGAGCGUUGCUGCGCAAACAGCAUACAGCCGAACUGCACCUCGGUGACUUCUUGGUCUUCCUAAGGAGGGUGGUGUCCUCCAAGGCCAUCCAGUCCAAGAUGGCAUCCCCCAAAUGGACUGAGGUGCUGCUGAACAUUGCCGCGCAGAAGUGCUGCUCAGGUGUUCCUCUGGUGGGAAACUUGAGAACUCGGCUCCUGGCUCUUCAUGUUUUGGAGGCUGUCCUGCCUGCCUGCGAGGCUAGCAUGGAAGAUGACCAAAUGACACAGGUCAUUGAACGGCUCUUCUCCCUGCUGUCUGACUGCAUGUGGGAAGGUCCCAUUGCUCAAACCAAACACUCGAUCCAGAUUAAAGAAAAAGUUCAGGAGCUUAAACUACAGGGAGAUACAGAGGAGGAAGAUGAGAACCUUCCCAUUCAGGAAAUUUCCUUUGACCCAGAAAAGGCUCAGUGUUGUGUAGUGGAAAACAGUCAGGGGCUGACACACGGCAGCGGGGGUAAAGGCUACGGCCUGGCCUCGACUGGCAUCUCCUCUGGAUGCUACCAGUGGAAGUUCUACAUUGUGAAGGAGAAUCGAGGCAACGAGGGGACAUGCGUGGGUGUGUCACGAUGGCCCGUGCACGACUUCAACCAUCGCACCACAUCGGAUAUGUGGCUGUACCGAGCGUAUAGCGGAAACCUCUAUCAUAACGGGGAGCAAACACUGACGCUUAGCAGCUUUACUCAGGGAGAUUUCAUCACCUGCGUUCUGGAUAUGGAAGCAAGAACGGUCUCCUUUGGCAAGAACGGAGAGGAGCCCAAGUUGGCCUUUGAGGACGUGGAUGCCACGGAGCUCUAUCCCUGUGUGAUGUUCUACAGCAGUAAUCCAGGAGAGAAGGUUAAGAUAUGUGACAUGCAAAUGAGGGGAACACCGCGAGACCUCUUACCUGGGGAUCCUGUCUGCAGCCCUGUGGCCACAGUGCUGGCUGAAGCCACCAUACAGCUGAUCCGCAUCCUACAUCGCACUGACCACUGGACCCCUCGCAUAAACAAGACUAUGAUUGAACGACUUCACAAAAUCAAACUGUGCUUUAGAGAGUCAGCGGGCGCUUCUGGUGGCGGCCUAGGACAGAGGCUGAAAAAGAGCCGCUCGGUGCAGAGCCGCGAGGAACACGACACUCAGAGAGAAAGCCAGGAGACGCCCACACGGACAGAUGAGGAGAAAGGUCGCCACGGACGGCAGCACGGCUUGGGGGAACUGUCGGAGCACCACUUGAGAACCCUCUGCACAGAGGUGUGGCCUGUCCUGGCAGUGAUCGGGGGUGCGGACGCAGGACUUCGGGUCGGAGGCAGAUGUGUGCACAAACAGACCGGGAGGCAUGCUACUCUGCUGGGUGUGACGAAGGAAGGCAGUACCUCAGCUAAGGUGCAGUGGGAUGAAGCCGAGGUCACUAUCAGCUUCCCAACUUUCUGGUCGCCUAGUGACACUCCAUUGUACAACCUGGACCCGUGCGAGCCUUUGCCCUUUGAUGUGGCCCGUUUCCGUGGCCUCACUGCCUCCUUGUUGUUGGACCUCACCUACCUUACCAGCAUUCACGAGGAUACUACAACAAAGCUCGGCGCCCGACGCCACGAGAAGAAGCACCGCAACACACCCUCUACUGGGCACGAGCCGACCGGCGGCGAGGAGAAAACCGACGGCGAAGGGCACAACCGUAACGACUCAAAAGAUAACGUUGGAGCCCCUUCGGCUGCCACAACCUCUGACCUGCGAGUGUCCCACAGCCUCGAUGAGGUGAAAGCACACGUGGCGCCCAACUCAAAGUCAGAGAGUGAGAUCUCCUCUGUGGCUGGGGGCGGGGUAGGUGCGAAUGAAACCCUUUUCACUGCUCCUGCUCCUGCUGAUGGGAACAGGAAGAAAGGCCAUGAUCAUGGCUGCCGCAGUCACGAGCCCUCUCCUUCCUCCAUCACCACUCAGUCAGAGAUCCAUGCUGUGCAGCUGUCCUACCUCUACCUGGGAGCUAUGAAGACCCUCAGCGCGCUGCUGAGCUGCAGCAAGUAUGCUGAGCUGCUCCUCAUACCAAAGGUGUUACCAGAAGCAACCCCCAGUGGGCACAACGCUGAUCUGAACACCUGCACCAGUGGAAACCCAGCUGCCACCUCACCAGUAUACCAGGACGAGGUGGAGAUGCGGGCAGCUCUGCAGUUCCUCAUGCGUCACAUGGUGAAGCGGGCAGUAAUGCGCUCCCCCAUCAAGCGAGCCCUGGGACUGGCAGACCUGGAGAGGGCGCAGGCUAUGAUCUACAAGCUGGUUGUAAAUGGGUUGUUGGAGGAGCCUAGUGGUGGGAAAGCAAAGGCUGGUGUGAGAAGUGAACCUGAAGGUGAGGGGGAAGUUACAGAGGGGGAACAGUUGGCACAAACCCCCGUCACCACCAGUCCGUCAGCUUCCAGCACCACCUCCUUUAUGAGCUCCUCACUGGAGGACACUACCACGGCUACCACACCUGUCACUGAUACAGAGACCGUCCCUGCCUCGGAGUCUCCAGGAGUCAUGCCUCUCAGCCUCCUGAGGCAAAUGUUCUCCAGUUACCCCACCACCACUCUUGUUCCGACACGUCGAGCCCAGACUCCUCCAGUGUCAUCCCUACCGACCUCUCCGUCAGACGAGGUUGGCCGCAGGCAGAGCCUCACCUCUCCGGACUCCCAGCCCUCCAGACCACAGAACAGAACAGGUACCUCCCUGUCGGACCCCAGCAGCAGACUGUCCACGUCUCCCCCUCCACCUGCGAUUGCUGUGCCUCUGUUGGAGAUGGGCUUCUCCCUGCGCCAGAUCACUAAAGCUCUGGAAGCCACUGGUGCUCGAGGAGAAGUAGAUGCUCAGAACAUCACCGUGCUAGCCAUGUGGAUGAUCGAACAUCCAGGAACGGAGGACGAGCACGAUGAGCCCCACGCCAGAGGCGGCGGUGUCAGCGGUGAAGCCCCCGACUCGUCCUGUCCUGGUGCCACAGCAAUCACUGGAGCCAAGUCUCUGGAUAAAAACUCAUAUCUGUGCUCUCCCGGGGUCAUAGCCAGCGCAGACACUUCCGAAGUGGAGGAAGGUUUCAGCGAAAGUCCUGAAGGUCUGGAGCAGGACAAUGCAUCUGCAUCCAGCAGUGCCCCACUCAGAGGCCGCUCUGCUGCUGGCAGGAAACACCGCUUUGACCUGGCUGCACGCACACUGCUGGCUCGUGCUGCUGGACUGUACCGCUCAGUGCAGGCCCACCACAGCCAGUCACGUCGGGAGGUCUCGUCCUUACAGCAGCAACAAGACCCAGGUGCACUCUAUGACUUCAACCUGGAUGAAGAGCUGGAGAUGGACCUUGAUGAGGAGACCAUGGAGGCCAUGUUUGGCCAAGACCUCGCUAGUGACACUGACAUUCUGGGAAUGUGGAUCCCGGAGGUACUGGAUUGGCCAACAUGGCACGUGUGUGAGACAGACGAUCGAGAUGAAGUGGUAGUGUGCGAGCUGUGUGAGGCCAACGUGGCCAAUUUCAAUCAGCACAUGAAGAAGAGCCACCCGGGCUGUGGGCGCAGCGCCAACCGGCAAGGCUACCGCAGCAACGGCUCCUACGUGGAUGGCUGGUUCGGUGGGGAGUGUGGGAGUGGAAACCCCUACUAUCUGCUGUGUGGCGGCUGCAGAGAGAAGUACUUGGCAAUCAAAAGCAAAGCCAAAGUCCCCAUUGUGGAAAGAUACAAGGGACAGGCUCCCGACCUUCUGGGAAAGCAAGACAGUGUUUAUGAAGAGGAUUGGGACAUGCUGGACGUCGAUGAAGAUGAGAAGUUGACAGGGGAGGAGGAGUUUGAGCUUUUGGCUGGCCCUUUGGGUCUGAGCGAGCGCAGGAUUGUCCCCGAGGCUGUCCAGUUUCUAGAUAGUGACCCGUUGGGAGCCUCUAUUGCCAUGGUGACGGCAACCAACAGCAUGGAGGAGACUUUACUGCAGAUAGGCUGUCAGACCUCAGUGGACAAGAGUUCUUCUGGUAGGGUGACCCUUGGUGAGCAGGCAGCAGCCCUACAGAACCCCCAUGACCGAGUGAUGGCACUGAGGAGGGUGACCGCUGCAGCUCAGGUGCUGCUGGCCAGGACAAUGGUGAUGAGAGCCUUGUCCCUGCUAUCCGUCAGCGGAUCAAGCUGCAGCCUCGCAGCAGGUCUAGAGUCCCUUGGUUUGACUGACAUUAGGACUCUAGUCAGGCUGAUGUGCCUGGCGGCAGCGGGCCGAGCUGGUCUUUCCACCAGUUCGUCCACAGGCCCAGGCCAUGCUGAAAGGCCCCGUGGGGCCACCAAGACGAGCAAACCCAUCUCCUGCCUGGCUUACCUCAGCACAGCAGUGGGCUGUCUCGCCUCCAACAGUCCCAAUGCUGCCAAGCUGCUAGUUCAGUUGUGCACUCAGAACCUGAUCUCUGCGGCUACAGGCAUGAAUCUGACAACGGUGGACGACCCCAUCCAGAGAAAGUUCUUGCCCAGCUUUCUGCGUGGUGUGGCCGAGGAGAACAAGCUGGUCACGUCGCCUAACUUUGUGGUGACUCAGGCCCUUGUGGCCCUCCUGGCAGAUAAAGGGGCCAGACUGAGACCUGCUUAUGACAAGGCUGAUAUGGAGAAAAGAGGUCUAAUUGCGCAUUUGUAUGCCCAUCCUUCCCAUAAUCCUUCCGCUGUAGGCCCUCUGGAGCUGGCCAACGCUCUGGCAGCUUGUUGCCUGUCCUCACGGCUUUCCUCGCAGCAUCGCCAGUGGGGUGCUCAGCAAUUAGUUCGCACUCUGGCCGCCCACGACCGCGACAACAACCAGAACCGUCCGCAGACUUUUGCUGACAUGGCAGGGGACCUGCGAAAGUGCUCCUUUAACAAACUAGAGGCUCACCAGAGCAGGGUCAUCACAUGUGGUUGGUGCAGUAAGAAAGGCCUUUUGGCUACCAGUGGCAAUGACGGGACGGUCAGAGUAUGGAACGUAACCAAGAGCCAGUACACCCUCCAGCAGACCUGCGUCUUCAAUAAGGAUGACGACUCUUUGGAGGAGGGAAUGUCUGGUUUGGGGUCUCCCAGCGAUCCUUGCCUGUCACCUCUUGCAUGGAGUGUCACUGGAAAGUAUCUCGCCUCUGCCAUGGAGAAAAUGGUCAACAUCUGGCAAGUUAAUGGUGGUAAAGGGCUUUUGGAUGUGCAGCCUCACUGGGUGUCUGCACUAACUUGGCCUGAAGAGGAAGCAGAGUCCUUGUGGUGUGGGGAGCCCAAAGACAUGCUGCUGGUGGGUCGAAUGGAUGGAUCACUGGGCCUCAUCGAGGUGCUGGACUCUUCUGGUAUGCACCGCACAGAGCUGGAACACUGCUACAGGAAAGACGUGGCAAUAAUGCACAUUGCCUGGUACAGUGAAGACAAGCCUUUUGCCGUUGGCUACGCAGAUGGAAAGCUGCUGAUUGGAUCCAAAGAACCUUUGGAUAAAGGAGCCAUUGUUGUCAUUGAUGCGCACAAGGAGUCGAUCAGCAGCAUGAAGUGGAGUCCAACGGGUCAGAUCCUGCUGACGUGUGCUAAAGAGGAGACUGUGAAACUGUGGGCCAAUCCAGACUCCUGCUCUGACACGGGCUCUGGCUGGCACUGCCUACAGAGCCUUAGACACCCCUCCUUGGUUAAUGGUGUGGCCUGGUGCAGUUUGCCUGGAUGCAGUCCGAAGCCCCUCAGCAUGUUCGCCGUAUGCUGCCAGAAUGGUCUGGUCUCUGUCUGGACUGUUCCUCAAGACAUUUCAAACUUCACAGACUCCUGUUCCUCUGAUUCAGAAGGAUGGUGGGAGAAUGAAGCCAAACCCAAGUUAAUGCAGUCCACCCGAUGGUCAGAAGAUGGAGCAGUUUGUGUGUUCCAGCUAAAGGGCCACAUCACUCCAGUAAGAACACUGGCUUUCAGUCCUGAUGGUCUGGCCCUGGCAUCUGGAGGAGUGGGAGGCCUCAUGAACAUCUGGUCCCUGCGGGAUGGCUCAGUACUCCAGACCGUGGUAGCUGGGUCAGGGGCUGUCCAGAACAUUGUCUGGGUCUCAGAUGUGGGCGUGGCCGUCUGCUCCAACAGGUCAAAGGAUGUGUUGGUUGUGAACUGCUCCAAAGAGUUCAUGGCAUCUAACCAUGUGCUGGCCACCUGCCGCACGGCUUUGAAGAAGCAAGGUGUGGUCGGCCUCAACUUGGCACCCUGCAUGAGAGCUUUCCUGGAGAGACUGCCUGUCAUGUUGCAGGAGCAGUAUGCCUAUGAGAAGCCCCAUGUUGUAUGCGGGGAGCAGCUUGUCCACAGCCCGUACAUGCAGUGCCUUGCCUCUCUGGCUGUAGGUCUCCAUCUGGACCAGCUUCUGUGCCGUCCCCCUGUGCCGCCCCACCUUCGACACAGCCCACCUGAGUCUGGCAUCGCUGUAUGGAGCGCCAGCGAGUGGGCAUGGUUGGACUGUUUCUCCACCACAGUAAAGGCGGCAGAGGCUCUUGCUCGAGGUGCAGCCUUCCCCGAGUCCUUCUCCGUUCCUGACCUGGAACCCGUGCCUAAAGAUGAAAUGGCUCUGCUCCUGGACAACAGUAAAUGGUCAGCUAGUAUGGAUGAACAGAUCAUGUCAUGGGCCACCUCCAGGCCAGAGGACUGGCACCUCGGAGGGAAAUGUGACGUGUUUCUGUGGGGUGCAGGGCGACACGGUCAGCUAGCAGAGGCUGGAAGAAAUAUCCUCGUUCCAACCAUUGCCCCUUCCUUCUCUCAGGCACAGCAGGUGGUGUGUGGGCAGAAUUGCACCUUUGUGAUCCAGCCCAACGGCACCGUAUUGGCCUGUGGAGAGGGGAGCUAUGGCCGCCUGGGACAAGGCAACUCAGAUGACCUGCAUGUCCUUACUGUCAUCUCAGCUCUUCAAGGUUUUGUUGUGACCCAGUUGGUUACAUCUUGUGGCAGUGAUGGUCACUCCAUGGCUCUGACAGAGAGCGGCGAGGUGUUCAGCUGGGGAGACGGUGACUACGGCAAGCUUGGACAUGGAAACAGUGACCGCCAGCGACGGCCCCGACAGAUUGAGGCACUGCAAGGAGAGGAGGUGGUCCAGAUGUCUUGCGGGUUCAAACAUUCGGCCGUAGUCACAGCUGAUGGGAAGCUUUUCACUUUUGGUAAUGGUGAUUAUGGAAGACUAGGGCUGGGGAACACCUCAAACAAGAAGCUGCCAGAGAAGGUCACUGCUCUGGAGGGCUACCAUGUAGGACAGGUGGCUUGUGGUUUGAACCACACUUUAGUUGUCUCUGCUGAUGGAAUGAUGGUUUGGGCCUUUGGCGAUGGAGACUACGGGAAACUGGGACUUGGGAAUUCCACAGCCAAGUCCUCACCUCAGAAAGUGGACGUGCUGUGUGGGAUUGGUAUAAAAAAAGUAGCCUGUGGAACUCAGUUUUCCGUGGCUUUAACCAAAGAUGGCAAGGUUUUCACGUUUGGCCAAGACCGCCUAAUUGGCUUGCCAGAGGGUCGAGCCAGGAACCACAACCGGCCCCAACAGGUACCAGGUCUCUCAGGGAUCCACAUCCAGGAUGUCGCUGUAGGAGCUGAACACACUCUGGUACUCUCCUCCACAGGAGAUGUUUACACCUGGGGCAGCAACUCGGAGGGACAGCUGGGUCUGGGACACACCAACCAUGUUAGAGAACCUACACUGGUAACAACGCUGCAGGCCAAGAACAUCCAUCAGAUCUCUGCUGGACGCUGUCAUAGUGCAGCGUGGACGGCUCCCUCUGUGCCGCCUCGAGCACCAGGCUCAUCUGUACCUCUUCAGCUUGGCCUGCCAGCAGCAGUGCCUCCUCAGUACAGUGGGCUUAAAGAAGUGAGCAUCGAGGCAGUAAGGGCCCGUUUGCGGCUCCUCUACCACUUCUCUGACCUCAUGUACUCGUCAUGGAGACUACUCAACCUCAGCCCUAACAACCAGAGCUGUACCUCCCAUUACAACGCCGGUACCUGGGGAAUCGUCCAGGGCCAGUUAAGGCCCCUUUUGGCUCCCAGAGUGUAUACGCUGCCUAUGGUGCGGUCGAUAGGCAAGACCAUGGUGCAGGGCAAGAACUACGGUCCCCAGAUCACUGUCAAACGCAUCUCCACACGAGGUCGGAAGUGUAAACCAAUCUUUGUACAGAUUGCUCGGCAAGUUGUAAAGUUGAAUGCUUCAGAUCUCCGACUUCCCUCAAGAGCCUGGAAGGUCAAACUAGUUGGAGAAGGUGCUGACGAUGCAGGAGGGGUCUUUGAUGACACCAUCACAGAGAUGUGUCAGGAGUUGGAGACAGGAGUUGUGGACCUGCUCAUCCCAUCUCCCAAUGCCACAGCAGAGGUUGGCUACAACAGAGACAGAUUCCUCCUCAACCCGUCAGCAUGCCUGGAUGAGCACAUGCUCCAGUUUAAAUUCUUAGGUAUUCUUAUGGGGGUAGCCAUCCGCACCAAGAAGCCCCUGGAUCUGCACUUGGCUCCUUUGGUUUGGAAGCAGUUGUGCUGCAUCCCCUUGUUGCUGGAGGACCUGGAGGAAGUGGACCUGCUCUAUGUGCAGACACUCAAAAGCAUUCUUCACAUUGAAGACAGCGGCAUCACGGAGGAUAAUUUCCAUGAGAUGAUUCCUCUGGAUUCCUUUGUCGGGCAGAGUGCAGAUGGUAAAAUGGUCCCCAUUAUCCCAGGAGGGAACAGCAUCCCUCUCACUUUCUCCAACAGGAAGGAAUAUGUGGAAAGAGCUAUUGAGUACAGACUGCAUGAAAUCGACCGUCAGGUGGCAGCAGUGCGUGAGGGCAUGUCGUGGAUCGUGCCGGUGCCGCUACUGUCCCUGCUCACUGCCAAGCAGCUGGAGCAGAUGGUUUGUGGCAUGCCGGAGAUCUGCUGCGAUGUGCUCAAGAAGGUGGUGCGCUACAGAGAGGUGGAUGAACAGCACUCCUUGGUGCAGUGGUUUUGGCAGACCCUGGAGGAGUUCUCCAACGAGGAGCGUGUCCUCUUCAUGCGCUUUGUCUCAGGUCGCUCGAGGCUCCCUGCUAACACAGCUGAUAUCUCCCAGAGGUUUCAGAUCAUGAAGGUGGACAGGCCCUACGACAGCUUGCCCACCUCUCAGACAUGUUUCUUCCAGCUGCGCUUGCCUCCGUACUCAAGCCAGGCUGUCAUGGCUGAGAGGCUGCGCUACGCCAUCAAUAACUGCCGCUCCAUCGACAUGGACAACUACAUGCUCUCCCGAAACGUGGACAAUGCCGAGGGCUCUGACACUGACUACUGAUCCAAGCAGUUCUUCACACGCACACAAAUAAACUCGGCAGAAAUGAGCAGGAACAGCCAGUAUUAUCCAAACCGCACCAUCGUAGGAAACUCUUAAGCAGAUGGGCCAUUUUCUAAUCUGUUUUAUGUCGAUUAAACAGCACAACUUUUCAUUUCUCUUUGUGGUUUAUUAGCAGUUUUUAUUGACACAAAUUCAUACGAGAAAUGCAUUUAGUGUUUUAUUAUCUUUUUUUGUGCACAUCCCAUUUUCAGGGCUUCUGAAUGGAGAUAUGUUUAUUUGUUUGGAAAUGUGUAUAGAACCUUAUCAAGCAAGCUGUGGAGAAAGAAACACAUUGUACAUUGUGUAAAAUGCUACAUUAGGGAAAAUGUCAUAUUUAUUGUUUUCAUUGCCUAUGCCAAGUUUCCCAAACCAUAUAAAAGACCUGACAAUAAAUGCUGCAUAAUUGA